UAGAGAUUCUAAUGUCACAGGAGAGCAUGGAAAAGUAUGAGAAAUUAUCAAAUUUUCUGAAGAAGUUCUACAUUCCUUCGUACGUGCUCUCGCCUGAAGCCGAUCCAGUGGCGGUGCCAAGUAGUCCACCUGAGAGUCCAAUUCUCGUUUUCAUCAACUCCAAAAGCGGAGGCCAACUCGGUGGACAACUCCUUCUUACCUACCGCACUCUUCUCAACGAUAAACAGGUUUUUGAUCUUGGGGUAGAGAGCCCGGAUAAGGUGCUACAGAGAAUCUAUCUUAACCUAGAGAGGCUAAAGGACGAUGCUUUCGCUUGCGAGAUUCAGGAGAAGUUGAAGAUAAUUGUUGCAGGGGGAGAUGGAACAGCUGGUUGGCUUCUUGGAAUUGUUUGUGAUCUUAAAUUGUCCAAUCCACCUCCAAUUGCUACUAUCCCCUUGGGUACAGGAAAUAAUCUUCCAUUUGCAUUUGGUUGGGGUAAGAAAAAUCCUGGAACAGAUAAGUCUUCCGUGGAGUCUUUUUUGGAUCAAGUGAUUAAGGCAAAAGAGAUGAAGAUAGACAAUUGGCACUUACUUAUGAGGAUGAAGGCUCCCAAAAAAGACUCUUGUGAUCCUAUUGAGUUACCGCCUUCUCUACAUUCAUUUGAUCGUGUUUCUCCUUCAGAUCAAGUAAAUAUGGAAGGUUACCACACAUUUCGUGGGGGAUUCUGGAAUUACUUUAGCUUGGGCAUGGAUGCUCAGGUAUCUUAUGAGUUUCAUUCUCAGAGAAAAUUGCACCCGGAAAAGUUUAAAAAUCAGAUGGUUAAUCAGAGCACGUAUCUAAAGCUUGCUUGCACACAAGGAUGGUUUUGUGCCUCUCUUUUUCACCCUUUUUCACAAAACAUAGGUCAGCUUGCAAAAGUUAAGAUUUGUAACAGAAGUGGUCAAUGGAAUGACCUUCACAUUCCCCAAAGCGUCAGGUCCAUCGUAUGUUUGAAUCUUCCUAGCUUUUCUGGAGGACUUAAUCCUUGGGGAACACCAAAUCCCAAGAAACAACGUGAUAGAAGCCUAACUCCACCAUUCGUUGACGAUGGACUUAUCGAAAUCGUCGGGUUUAGAAAUGCUUGGCAUGGUCUUGUUCUGCUCGCUCCCAAUGGUCAUGGAACAAGACUUGCUCAGGCAAAUCGGAUUCGGUUUGAAUUUAAGAAAGGUGCAGCGAAGCAUGCGUACAUGAGAAUGGAUGGAGAGCCAUGGAAACAACAACUGCCACUUGAUGAUGAAACUGUGAUGGUAGAGAUUUCACAUCAUGGAAAAGUAAACAUGCUUACAACCCACAAUUGCAAGUCCAAAAGCAUGUAUGAGUCUUCUUCCACAAUCCGGUUUAGCGACGAAGUUAAUAAAGAUGACUCAUCAGUGGCUAAAGUUGAGGAGGAGUUUAGAAAGUUUGGUGCGGCUGAUACAUUUAAGAUUCCCAACGAUCUUUGAUCUUUGACUAUAUAUUUGUU